CAUAAACCAAGCUGUAUGUCUAACUUAUCCAAAUGUUCCGCAUUAAGCGUGCAUAUGGCAUUUGUGGGGUAACGUAUGUAAGAAUUACAAGAAGAGUAAAGAUGUAUUGAGUCCAGUGUUUUAUGCAAUGGCAAAGGCAUACACACAGGAUGAAUUUGAUGAGUUGAUGGCGAAGGUUGUUAAGGCAGAUAUUCGGGUGGCAGAGUAUUUGGAUUUAGCUGGAAGAGAAAAGUGGGCUAGAGUGUAUGCAUCUGUUAACCGAGGGUGGACCAUGACUUCGAACAUAGCAGAGUGUAUCAAUCGUCACCUUGUAGCGGCAAGAGAACUGCCUAUAUUUGAUUUUCUUGAAGAAGUUAGGAAGAUGUAUGGUAGAUGGAAUUACACUAACCGGAGGAACGGUACAUACACGUUCACAACACUCUCUAAGAAGUUCCAGGAGAAGCUAUCAAUAAAUGAGUAUCUAUGUUUACGUAUGACGGUGGAACCAUCAACCGAAUAUGUGUACACAGUCCAUGAUGGAAGAAGGCGUUUUGUUGUUUGCUUGAAAAACAAAACUUGCAGUUGUCGUAUGUUUCAAAUAGAUGAAAUUCCUUGCCCACAUGCUUGGGCUGUAUUAAAAAAGAAAAAUCUAAAAGCUGAUGAUUAUUGCUCAGAAUUGUUCAAACUGGAGACUGUGGUGAAAACAUAUGAUAUACCUGUGGAUCCUCUCCCUGACGAGCGUGAAUGGAAGAUUCUCACAUACAUCUUGGAGGAUGUAGUUUUGCCACCAAGAUACAAGAGACCGCCCGGUAGGCCGAAGUUGAAGCGUGAUAAGCCGUUAAGGGAAUUGCUUAUUGGUAAAAAAAGAUAUGCUUGCAGCACUUGUGGACAGCUGGGACACAAUAGACGUUCAUGUAGUUUUGAGCCUCGGAAGAAGUGAUUUUUUUUUAUUAUUUAUUUAUUGCCAUUUGCAUUUGUUAUUAAAAAUACGUUGUUUUUUUUUUUUGCGAUAUUCGAAUAAAGGUAGUUAGUUUAAAUAGAUUACUUAGUUCCGAAUAAUAUAACUUACAUGAAAUACACACUCUGAAUGAUGACAUAAGUUCAUAA